CGCCGGCUUUUUGCAGCAUCAAGGGGGGAGGGUACACGGGAGUGAUGGCGUCUUCGAUCUGGAAAGGGCUGGUGGGGAUCGGCUUGUUCGCCUUGGCACACGCGGCCUUCUCAGCGGCUCAGCAUCGUUCUUACAUGCGAUUGACUGAGAAAGAAGAUGAAACUCUACCAAUAGAUAUAGUUCUCCAAACACUACUGGCAUUUGUAGUAACCUGCUAUGGAAUCGUACAUAUUGCUGGAGAAUUUAAAGACAUGGAUGCUACAUCAGAAUUAAAGAAUAAGACAUUUGACACAUUAAGGAACCAUCCAUCUUUUUAUGUAUUUAAUCAUCGUGGGAAGAAUAUGUUUCAAUCUGCCGAUUCAGAGGAAUCUCCGCCAAAAUCAGUUUCUUACACAUCCAGCUCUUCUCUGAAGCUACGAAAACUAGAACCUCUGCGCCGUUAAAAACAAAACAAAAAAAUACAAAAACAUUUUUAUGGUAAUUAUAGAACAGGACACUGUAACAAAGCUGGAGUCCAGGAUGUAAACUUUUUUUUUUUUCUGGAUCAGUAUUUAUAUUGACCUUCCAGACUUUAUAAAAUAUGAAUGAGGACUCUUUGUACACUGUUGAAAAGGACUGUUUUGUUGAUUGGCAAUGCAGUUUAACUUAUUGCUGCAAUUAUGCUGUGAGAGAUGUCUUAUCUUUUAAACAUUAAACAAUGCUGCAGCUGAUUAUUUUUUUUUUCUCUGUAGUAAAGUUUGAUUUUUUUUUUUCUUUAAUUCUGCCAGAGUUUAAAUGAGCCGAGUUUUGUGUUCAGGUUUUAUAAUACAUGAACAUAAUUGUUUUUUUUUUGUUUGUUUGUUUUGGUCUAUUUCCACUUGUUGCAGCUUUUUUGAAAUGCGAUGUUUGUGAUGUUUGUCAGAUAAAUUUUCAGAGAUUUGGUUGUAUAAAUGCUUGACGAGAUGGAAUGACCCUGCAUUAUAAAUAGAUUCUUGUAAAGACCAGUACUUUGUAGGAUAGAACUUGGUACUUAACCCUUGUUUGAAAGCGCUACCCUAAGUUUUCCUCUGCCCUUUAAGGGUGCACAUACAGUACUUCCCUAUUGGCUUUGUAUUAUCUGCACACAUGCUCAGCAAAUCAAGGGCCAAUACAAUAUUGAUGCUUAUGAGCAUAUAUUUAGAGGGCAGGCAGUGCAAAGUAAUAGAGACAGCAAUGCCUUUGGUGCUUUCAAACAAUUAACGCUGGACGUUUUAUUAGUAUAUUUUUUUUUCUUUUCUUAAUCCUGCAAAAACAGUGCCCUUUAUAAAGAUUUAUUUGUAUUAUAGGGCUUUUAGGUCUCCUUUAACGUUUCUCUGACUGCUUUAAAUUUGCCGGCAAAUGGUGCUGCCUAUUAAAAAGAGUUGCUGAUAGAUGAUCACACCCAAAUUGUGUUUAACAUAUGAAAUGGUUGCUGUGCACUGUUUGUAAAGCACCUGGCACUGACUAGAAUCUAUAGUCUGGAUGUGCAGCAAAGUAUAAAUGGAGCAGAGAGGGACACAGAAUACUUUUUUGAACCGCUAACACCAUACCGGUGUGUCUUUUUCUUAACAUACUAAGUAACCUUCACUUCAGUGUAUCUUCUUACUAGAUUAUCACAGCUGGUCGGGAGAGUUUAUAUAAAAAAAUAUUGUGUCAUUUUAAAAUAAAAAAAGAUAUUAAAUUAAA